CCACUCCUCUCUCUUUCCUCUUUUGUCCGUUAACUCAAAAAAUAUCAAACAAUUCCCUCCACUUCUACCACCGCCGCCGCCGCCGUCACCGCCGCCGUAUAUUAUCUCUCUACGUUCUUCCCCCGCCGGAAUGACAUGAAAACCUAAAAAACAAAACUCCGAGAGAGAGCUACGCUCUCUAAUUAUUGUCAUUUUAAAUUUUAGGGUUUGUUUAAAGUGAUCCAUUUGAGAAAUGUACGUUGUUCCGCCACCUCAGGGAUCCGAUUCGGGAUCCGUUGGCGGCGGGUCGGGUGAUUUACGAGUUUAUCAAACUUGGAAAGGCAGUAAUGUAUUUUUUCUUCAGGGGAGAUGUAUAUUUGGACCGGAUGUAAGAUCGCUUGCGCUGACUAUAUUCCUGAUUAUAGCUCCUGUUAUAGUUUUCUGCAUCUUUGUUUCCAGAAAAUUGAUGGAUGAUUUUUCUGAUAACUUGGGAUUAGCGACAAUGGUGGUUGCUGUUGUAUUCACUGUUUAUGAUUUAGUUCUUCUCCUGCUAACCUCUGGAAGAGAUCCCGGCAUCAUUCCACGCAAUGCACAUCCUCCAGAACCAGAGGGAUUUGAUGGGGCUGCAGAUGUUGGUGCUAGCCAAACUCCACAGCUACGUUUACCACGCAUUAAGGAAGUAGAUGUCAAUGGAACAACUGUGAAGAUUAAAUAUUGUGAUACUUGCAUGCUUUACAGGCCUCCUCGCUGUUCACAUUGUUCAAUUUGCAAUAACUGUGUAGAACGGUUUGACCACCACUGCCCUUGGGUUGGGCAAUGUAUUGGUUUGAGAAAUUACCGAUUCUUCUUCAUGUUUGUCUUCUCAACGACCCUUCUUUGUGUAUAUGUUUUCGCAUUCUGCUGGAUCUAUAUUAGAAGGAUCAUGGAAUCAGAGAACAAGUCAAUUUUGAAAGCAAUGAUCAAAACGCCUGCUUCCAUUGUUCUAAUAGUUUACACUUUCAUAUCAAUGUGGUUCGUUGGAGGCUUAACGGCCUUCCAUUUAUAUCUCAUUAGUACAAAUCAGACUACUUAUGAGAAUUUCAGAUAUCGAUAUUUUCGGAGAGCGAAUCCAUAUUAUAAAGGUCUGGUUGAAAACUUUAAGGAGAUAUUUUUCUCUAGUAUCCCUCCAUCCAAGAACAAUUUUAGGGCGCAGGUGCCAAGAGAACCUGCAUUACCAACUCGGCCCAAUGGCGGAGGUUUCAUGAGUCCUAAUAUGGGAAAAGCUGUGGACGACAUAGAAAUGGGUAGGAAAACCGUCUGGGGAGAUAUGGGGGCAAUGACCGGUCUUGGUGAAGGGCAACUUGCGAACAAUGAACGCAUGAAUAUAAAGGAUGGUGAAUUAGGCGAAGUAUCUCCGGACAUAAGAACUGCGGUUGAGGAAGGCGAGUGCAAUGGAAUACAUCCAAGACGAUCUAGCUGGGGAAGAAAAAGUGGAAGCUGGGAGAUGUCUCCUGAAGUUCUCGCGUUGGCAGCGAGAGUGGGAGAACCAAACCGUGUGGGUGGAAGCAGUAGUGGUAACUUGACAACUGAGAACCGGCAAUCAUAGCCCGAGAUUUUUCUCGCAGAAGAUGGAAAUGGAUUUGAUUUGUUGAGUACAGGGUGGGAUCUUCGAGUCCAUGCUUCAUCUCCAAACUAUUGUAUGUGCAUUAUGGGUGUUUGGACGGCCAUUGUUAUUUUAGAGGGGUGUGAUGGGAUGUGUUGAUGUAUGAGUGAGUUGUUUUUUUUUUUUUGUGGAAAUAGUUAGAAUUUAAUUUUAUUUCAUUUUACUUUAAUCUGUCAUGUGUUAUUUGGACUGCUACCUUUUUGACUCAGUUAGGUUUUCCUUUGGGUUUAUGUAUAGGUUUCUUUGAUUAGAGUGGUCAAUGAAAAGUCAUGCAAGACUUGGGACAUAUAAUCGCUUUGCUUCUGUAAUUGGAAUUAUUUUAAGAAUAGUUCGGUUGUGUCUGCACUAAGACUUAACUGAGUAUUGUUUA